UGAUCGAGGGGAGGGGCUGGGGGAGGCGCCCCCCCCCCGUGGCUUGCGCUGAGCUGCGCGUUGUCCAUUCCCCAGUGCCUGAGCGCGGAGGCUCGGCCGUGACUCGGGUGGCAGAGACGAGCCAGGGCGCAAGGCACUCGUCGUGCUGGAGGGAAGAAGCCGCCGACAUGAGUUCGACUCUGGGCAUCAGCCUUUACGCGAGCCGCAAACGCAAGAAGCCAGUCCAACGCAGCCCUAAGAUGGAGGGCGGCCCGGCGGUCAAGACCAACCCGUCCAAGCGGCAUCGGGACCGCCUCAACUCGGAGAUGGAACGGCUGGCUGGCAUGCUGCCUUUCCCCCAGGACGUCGUGGCCAAACUGGACAAGCUGUCCAUCCUGCGACUGAGCGUCAGUUAUCUACGGGCCAAGACCUACUUCAACGUCACGACGAAUCGGAGUCAGAACCAGCUCACAAACGGAAAGCAAAUGUACGGUGGCUUGAUGGGUCCAGGACCACCUGGGAUCCAACCUGACCUGGACACACCUAUAGCAGAGGGGGAGCACCUGCUGCAGGCUCUCAAUGGCUUUGUGUUGGUGGUGACGGCUGAGGGACUGGUCUUUUACGUCUCCCACACCAUCCAGGAGUAUCUGGGCUUCCAUCAGUGCGACGUGGUCCAUCAAAGUGUGUACGAACUGGUCCACUCUGAAGAUAGAUACGAGUUCCUUCGACAACUCCACUGGGCUCUCAAGCCACCACCGGCAGCCAGAGAGGCACACAAAGACGGUUCAGGUGACCAGGAUGCCAGCACAUCAUCAGUGGCAGUAUACAACCCACAGCAGCUACCGCCUGAAAACUCCUCCUUCCUCGAACGCCAGUUCAUUUGCCGCUUCCGCUGUCUGCUUGACAACUCCUCUGGCUUCCUGGCUCUGCAGAUGCAGGGACGCCUCAAGUUCUUGCAUGGCCAGAACCGGCGUUCGGCGGAUGGGUCCCUUCAACCCGCGCAGUUGGCGCUGUUUGCAGUCGCCACCCCUCUCCAGUCGCCCUCUAUCCUGGAGAUCCGCACCCGCAACAUUAUCUUCCGCACGAAACACAAGCUGGACUUCACGCCCAUCGGUUGCGAUGCCAAGGGACGUAUUGUACUUGGCUACACUGAGCUGGAGCUUGCCAUGCGUGGAACCGGGUACCAGUUCAUCCAUGCCGCCGACAUGCUGCAUUGUGCCGACAAUCACGUGCGAAUGAUGAAAACUGGGGAGAGUGGCAUCACCAUCUUCCGGCUGCUCACCAAGGGCAACCGCUGGGCUUGGGUACAGGCCAAUGCCCGCCUCGUUUACAAGAACGGCCGUCCGGAUUACAUCAUAGCAACACAAAGGCCACUCAGCAACGAGGAGGGAGAAGAGCAUCUGCGCAAGAGGGCACUGCAGUUCCCUUUCGCCUUCACGACCGGUGAAGCAAUGCUCUACGAAACAGGCUUCCUGCCUCCGGAGAUGCAGGGGAACCUUCCUCCAAAAGAUGAAAAUCAUCUGUUAAUCAGGAGGAUGGGCAGCGGGAAGAAUUCUGAGUGGGACAAGAAGGUGGAUCCCAGCUCCCUGCUCGGUGCCAUGAUGCAGCAGGAUCAGACUGUGUAUGUGCGACCACCAGCCACUGAGAGUCGCUUUGCCACGGACUUGGCAGGGGGUAUAAGCAUGCCUAGCUUUUUGGCAGGGUCUUCACACAGCGUCGGCCAGGCUUCUGGGUGGAAUGGAGGCAAGGGCAGCUUGGUAAGCCACGUGAAGAUUGAGUCUGAUGUGGAGAAAUGCCUCUCUGAGACAAGUUCAUCGGAUUCUGGCUUUCAAGUGCCAGACGAAUUGAAUGAUAUUCUGGAAACACUGGGCCUAACCAUAGAUGACAUUGAGUUACUUGAGGAGGAGGAGAAACAGCUGAUGAUGGAUGUGGAUUGUACACCGGACCUUGAGAGUAUUCUUUCAAAUGAUGAUAUCCUUUCCUUGGUCCAGGAGUCACUCAAUAAAAACAACUACCUGAGGGUCCAACAGCCACAGAUGCGUCAUGGAAGCAGCAAUGAUUCCAACGUGCAAACAUUUGAGAACUUCUUGCAACCUUCACAGACAUUCAACGGAGGGGUGCAGUCUCAUAUUCCAACACAGAAAAUGCAUCCGUAUGGACAGUUUUGUGCAAUGCCUGCUGAUGGCAUUGAACAAAAGUUUAAAGUCCCAUGCACCAUGCAGGGUUCAACAAGUACAAGUGGAACACAACCUAUGUCCGUCCAGAAUGUCAGCUUGCAAAACACUCCCUUUGUAAGUUCUGUCCAGAAUGCUCAAAAUGGUCCACUUCAAUGUGCAACACAUAAUACUGUGUUUCAAAGUGGAAUGAGCCAAAGUAUAGUGCAAGCCACAACCAGGAAAAGUAACAUGCCUGGUCAGCUAUCAAACUUGCAGCCUCAGGACUUCAAAGGACAGCCUUGGGGCACCAGACAUGCACAAAGUCAAGAUAUUGCAAACACGAUGCAAGGCCACUUUGUCAUGAAUGGAAGUAAAGGGCAAAAUGUAGUAGCAACUCAGAGCUAUAGAGACAGGUUUGCAGGACAAAGCGUAACUUACAAUGAAACAAUUAAAUAUGGAGUCCUUUCCCAAAAUCUUGUGAAUGGUGUACCGCCACAGGACUCAAUGGGUGGAGUCACUGUCCAAAGUCCAGUCAGUGCCGUGCAGGUUGAAAGUCCACUGAAUAGUCUUCCGGUUCAGAGUGCAUUAAAUACAAUUCAUGGCCAAAUGCAAAUGAGUAGCCCAGGAGUGAAAAGUCAACUAGAUGCUGUACCAACGCGUGACAGUGCUCUUGACAACAUUUUAUCCAAAAACUGUAUGCAAACAUCAUCGGUUGGUGCUCAACCACAAGGCACCUGUGACUGGCCUUGUAAGACUCGCCCGCAAAACAUGCAUCUGCAGCCAAUGGAGUUUGCUGGAGGACAUACUGCAAACUUUAAUGGGACUGUCGGCCACAGAGAGAUCAGUACACCACAGCAAAUGUGUAGUACUGGAGUAGCAGAUCCUUUACAGCAAUCGUCAUUUCCCGGCCAAUCCCAACACUUCCUGGGCUACUCCACGGACUCGUCGCAGUUGGGAAACGCAAGGAACCAACAAGUGAACUCAUACCAGUAUAACAACGACCAGCAGCGUCAUCCGCUCCAGCAUCAAGGCCAGUACAAUGAGGAAAAACGUAUGGCUCCCUGCAAUUUCCAGAUGCAGAGUUCCUGUCCGCCAGCCAAUCAGCAACGACUCACUGCUGAAGAGAUGGCGGCCAUUUACUGCACACAAGGCAGUGUGCUGCUCCCGGCUGGUGUCGUCGGCACGGCGAACGCGGCAAGCCUGGCUCCUGCAGAUGACGCUCAACCCUACCCCGAGAUCAGCCAGACGGAAUACUACGGUUAAGUGUUUGGAAGAAAAAAAAGUUAGAUAUUCUUUAUGGGCUCAAGUGAUGGUGGGG